AUGUCCUACAAGUCAUCCGCAACCACGGCCGUGUCCUCUCCCGGAAAAGUGUUGCUUACUGGGGGCUACCUAGUCCUGGACAGGAAUUACACAGGCACUGUCUUUGCACUCGACGCUCGGAUUCACGUCGUCGUGGAGCAACUCCGAAAGGGGCAGAAGCUACAGAACGGAAACGCCGAACCUGAGAAGGAUAAGGAGGAUCUAAUUGUUGUUCGCUCGCCCCAAUUCGUCGGUGCUUCGUGGGAUUAUGGUAUACAACGAGCUGAGAAUGGCGGUGGAAUCAAGGUCGUACAGAAAAAUGAUGGACGUGCCAAUCCUUUUGUCGAGACCUCUUUGAACUACGCUUUGACUUAUAUCAGUUAUGUAGCUGACUCGAAGGACUUUGGUUCACUGUCCAUCACCAUCCUCGCCGACAGUGACUACUACUCGGAGACGGCCUUUUCAAGGGCUUCGGGGCUUCAAGCUGGGGAAUUCGUCAACUUUGGCGUUCCUCUCCACGAGGCGCACAAGACCGGCCUUGGUUCUUCUGCUGCUCUGGUCACUUCUUUGGUGUCUGCGCUGGUAAUCCACCGUACCAUGCAGCCUGAUGACCUCGGUGCGGCUCGUGAUAAAUUGCACAACCUGGCGCAGGCCGCCCAUUGUGCUGCCCAAGGAAAGGUUGGAUCCGGCUUUGACGUUGCUGCCGCUGUGUAUGGUUCUUGUCUUUACCGCAGAUUCUCGCCGUCUAUCCUAGAGUCCAUCGGUGAUGCGGGCAGCCCUGGGUUUGAUGAAAGGCUGUUCAAGGUCGUCGAGGAUGCUGACCCGGAACACCCCUGGGACACGGAGUGCCUGGACUUUGGUAUGACUCUUCCCCAGGGCAUGCAGAUGGUUCUCUGUGACGUGGAAUGCGGCUCUCAGACUCCGUCCAUGGUCAAGAAGGUGUUGGAGUGGCGUAAGCAGAACAAGCAAGAGGCCGGUCUUCUUUGGGACGCUUUGCAGUCGAACAACGAGAGGCUCGUCCUUGAAUUCAAGCAGCUGUCUCAAAGCCCCGACAAGGGUUUCGAUGAGGUCCGCAAUCUGAUCGAACGCUCUCGCAGCUAUAUCCGCAGCAUGACUGGAAAAUCGGGCGUCCCCAUCGAGCCAAAGGUACAGACCGAGCUACUUGACGCGAUCUCCAAGGUUGACGGGGUUGUGGGCGGCGUAGUUCCUGGCGCUGGCGGCUAUGACGCCCUUGCAGUCUUGAUUCAAGACGAGCCUAAGGUCGUUGAUCGUCUGAAGCAGCUCUUCGAAGACUGGGAAAGUAAGGUGGAGGAUGACUUUGGUGGCAAGGUCGGCAAGGUCCGUCUUCUCGGUGUGCGGCACGGGUCUCUUGGUCUGGAGAACGAGCCGGUGGAGCCGUAUCGUGCGUGGCUGUAG